AUCCCCCCGCGCUCGGCGCGCCGUAUGUCAUCAGUGGGUUGAGAGCAUAGACUGUAUGGUUGAGAGCAAACAUCGUUUGAAUGCCGAGAGGCGGUCAUUGGUGAUUCAAGCUGUCUGCAGUAACGUUAGGAGAUUAGUGAAUCGCAGCUGGAAUGCGAGCUUGAUUCACAAAGGCAAGAGAGGGAGACAAAGCCACCGCGCAGAAGAUACGCACACCAGACUGCCACAUCCCGCACAGCCAUGAAGGGAGAGCAUUUAUUUGCCAACAUGAGAAGCACUCCAUUCGUCCAGCGGGUUUACCUCCUAGGAGGGGAAGAGCUGGUAGUCCUGCAGUCCACCAUGGGAGAGUCCUCACUGGGAGACAGUUUCCAACAAAUCACCGACUUCAAUGAUCUCCCCACGUCCCUCUUCGCCUGCAAUGUGGACCAAUCAGUAUUUGAAGACCAUGAGGGCAAGGAAAUGUUCGAGGCGCUCUUUCUCGCGUAUGAUGAGGGUGUGACGUUCCAGCAGUUUAAGAGCUUCCGACGUGUACGAAUCAAUUUUAGUAACCCCAAAGCAGCAGCCAGUGCUAGAAUAGAGCUGCACGAGACACCUUUCAGAGGAAAGAAACUUAAACUCUAUUUUGCCCAGGUGCAGAACCCAGCAUCCGAAGGAGACAAUUUGCACCUCGCUCCUCCCCAGCCUUCCAAACAGUUCCUCAUCUCUCCUCCUGGCUCACCUCCAGUUGGCUGGCAACAGAUUGACGAGGCCACACCAGUUAUUAACUACGACCUGCUUUAUGCAGUUGCCAAGCUUGGCCCAGCUGCUCAGCACAUUCAGCCCAUCUUGCCUCAUUUUGCAAUCGAGCAGCUUUAG